GAAGGGCAACCGGAAGUAGCCUGGCCCGGCGGAAUGUUCGUGUUCUAGGUUGAGCUGUGGAGCGGUCGCUUUCUUCUUUAUUUUAUUCAUUUCUAUAAAAUACAUUGUAUUGAAACAACGAAUAAAAUAUUAAUAAUACACUGCGCCCUCUGUAUAAAGAUACAGGGCUUUUCAACUAAACAGCAGCCUUCGUUAAGCUGGCCGCGUGCUCGCUCCGUGCUUGGUGAUGUGCACGCAGACCAGGGCCGCGGCUCUCAUGGCCAACAUCCCGGAGGCGGAUAUCGACCCGUCCGGGGUGUUCAAGUACGUCCUGAUCAGGGUCCACAGCCGGGAGGAGGGCGACGACUCGGAGGUGGACAUAGUCCGCGGCUACGGCUGGGCCGGCUACCAUGCGGACAUCUAUGAUAAGGUCUCCGAGGAGCUGGAGAAGGGCGGAGUCCUGGACUGUGAGUGUCUUGGAGGAGGGAGGAUCAAACACGACCCCGAAGCGAAGAAGAUCCACGUGUACGGAUACUCGCAGGGAUUUGGGAGGGCCAACCACGCGGUGGCCACCGAGAAGCUGAAGGCCCGCUUCCCCGGUUAUGAGGUGACCUGGGCUAAUGAAGGGUACUGAAGCCUCUGGAGAGCCACACCUGCUGGAGGCAGAGCCUGGGACGAAGAGGAGAACACCAGACGGUCCAUUUCUCAUCUGAGACUUGUGCGACACGGACUCACAACAUCACAAAGUCAUUCUUCAGGUUCAACAAGCAAACUCCUGAAGAUUUACUAUGUGGUGUUUGUUUUCAGUUUAGCUUUUGUAAUAAAUGGAAAAAUCCUGAA